GCUGCAUUUCUUUUAAAAAAAAAAAAGAGGUUAAAAUGUCUGAUAAAAAGUUGGUGCGUAAUGCGUUAGCCGUUAGCCUCAUGUGGAGGAUUGUGGAGCAUAAUAUUGUAUAUUUUCACUACGUGGAUUGGUUACUCAAUGCAAAAUUUGUGGACAAUAGAUGGCCAAGAUUACAUGUUGUCAGUUGCAAUUCAAUUUUAUGGAUAAAAAUAAAGCCUAAUUAAUCAUCGACGGUCGACCCACCCAUCAUAAUUGUCACGUUCAUAAAGCAUCAAGCAUAUAUCAUAGUAAACCAAUCAAAUUUUAAUUACCAAAUUUUAAUUUUUUUUACGAACAAAUUCAACCAAAAAUUAUGGCAGAAACAAAGGAUUUGAAGUUGCAUGGAAUGUGGGCAAGUCCUUGGGUUAGAAGGGUAACAAUUGCCCUUAAAAUUAAGGGUAUAUCCUAUGAAUACUUUGAGGAAGACUUGAAAAAUAAGUCUCAAUUGCUCCUCAAGUAUAAUCCAGUUAAGAAGUUGGUUCCAGUGCUUGUUCAUCAAGGGAGACCUAUUCCUGAAUCACUGGUUAUUCUUGAAUAUAUUGAUGAAACUUGGACAACUUCACCAAAACUCUUCCCUUUUGAUCCUUAUCAACGAGCUAAAGUUCGGUUUUGGGCUAGUUUUAUCGAUCUUCAGAUAUUUGAGAAACUUCGGGAUGUUGUCAAAGCCCCUAGCGAUGAUGAAGAGGAUAAAAUCAUCAAAGAAAUCCAAGAUAAUAUGAACAAAUUGGAAGCAAAUGUAAAGGAUUUACAUUCAGGAGGUACACAUGUUAGUGGUGAAAGUAUGGAAAUCCUAGACGUUUUGAUGAUCACUUUGUUGCCAAUAAUAAAUGGUGUUGAAGAAGCUAUUUCUAUCAAAUUCAUACACCCUGAAAAAUUUCCCUUGGCUUUUUCAUGGAUGAAAUCCGGUGAUGGACUACCAAUUGUUCAAGAAUCUGCUCCAAAUCAUGAAAAUCUGGUCAAGUUUCUAAGAAAACUUAGACAACUAUUUAGAAGAGUGUAAUUUUCUCCAACUUUUUGACAUCAAUUUUAUGCUCUACUUUAUCUUUAUGAUCAAUGAAAGAAUUUUGACUAGAUGUUCGUUGAUUACAUACUAUGUAUUAAUAAAAUUGUUGUUGUAUAUAUGUAACAGUUUGUCACGUCUCUAAGAAAAAUUAUGUCUAGUUUGGUAAUUGAAGAAGAAAAGAACAAGAAUGUCAAGGUGAAUUUGAACAUUUUAGGAGAAAACAGGAAGGUUUAUUAUUUUUCCAUGUAACUCACCUUCCUGUAGUGAAUAUAUGGAGCGAUUGCUAUCAAGGAUCAAUGGCACCUAUUUGUGACCUUGCAAUGGUAAAAGGCACCACCC